CCCAGCCUUUGCAGGUUUUUACAGAUCACGUGACGUGGUUAUGGAUUGAAGGACUACUCCCGCGCUCUGCGCUGUUCGCUCGUCAUCUAUCGUAUCGACCACCACCGCAUUUGUCUUUCAAACGCUUGAUCUAAGUACGACUGCUGCAGAAUACAAAGCUGUUUUAGAACGAUAAAGGAUAGCAUACUGAUUAGCAGGAACACAGAGGAAGAAAGGGAUAUAAAAUGUCCUCGAAAUCAACAGCUCCAGAGACUGAGAAGCCCGUCGACGCGGCUACCGCAAAGACAGAGGACAAGGCCGCCGUCGUGACUUUAGAAGAGGACGACGAGUUUGAGGAUUUCCCUGCCGAAGACUGGAACGACGCCGAUGCGGAGAUGGCGAUUCCUGGCGGCAAGGAGCAUUUAUGGGAAGAGAACUGGGACGACGACGACGCCGACGAUGAUUUCUCGUCGCAGCUCAAAGUCGAGUUGCAGAAGGCGGGCAAAUAAGCUAUUCGCGAUAUGAUCUCCCUCUUUUGUCUUCCUCUUUGUCUUUCUCUAUGAUUAUGGCGAAGUGCAAUACACAAAGACGGUGAUGGGUGGCGUGCGUCGAUGCCACUGGACGCCAAUGAGGCUGCUCUUAGUCCAGUCCAUCGAUCUCUCUCGCAUAUCAACUGCCUUUCUUCAUUUGCUUGUUUGUUUCUUUACAUCAUUUGGUGUUGUAUGAUUAGUUUGUCGUUUGUCCAGGCGUUGACUCAUUUUAGAAAAUCAGCAAAUCUUUUGUUCAAUAUCCUUGUUUUUAUAUUACUGCAAGUCACAAAAGAGAAAAAUUCAGGUCAAUUACGUAUAUCCAAA